UUGUCAAUGCCGUUGGUGAGGUCGUCUUGUGGAUUUUUCUGUCACGUGAAAGGUCGCAAAAUGUUGAUUGUUGCUGUACUGGCGACGACGCAGAUCGCUUUUACGGUGACUGCUUUUCCCACUUCCGGGAAUGAGGGCGCAGCAGGAAGUUUCUCUGGUCUAUGUUUGGAAGAGAUCAGGGAACUUGUGGGGGACGCCAUCGAACUAGCGACCCUCCGGAUGGAACGAGUCACGUCGACGGUGAUUCCUCCUGGGUUCUUCGACGGCCUGGAUGGGCUACGCAGCCUAUCUCUGACCAACAGCAGCUUGACUGAGCUCCAGCCGGGUGUGUUCAGCGGUCUGCAGCAGCUGCUGGAGCUGCGACUGUCCGGCACCAAGUUGAGGCGCCUGCCGCCAGGGGCGCUCGACGCCACGACGCAACUGCAGGCUCUCCGACUGGACGACAACGAGCUGACCACACUCCCGGAACACAUAUUCAGCUCGCUGUCGAACCUCACGCUACUGGAUCUGUCUCGCAACCACCUAGCAGCUGUCGGCCCGCAUGAGUUUUCCCGCUUGCCUCGUCUCGAGACUCUCAUCCUCGGGUUCAACAGACUGGAAAAACUCAGUUGCAGAGCAUUUAUAAACUUGCGUAACCUCAGAGACAUACAUUUGAACAAUAACCUUAUACAAAGGUUUAACUGGAUAUUAUUUCAAAACACUGUGCAGCUGAAAUUUAUUAAUGUUAGUCAUAAUUUUCUGAAAAAUUUGGCAGUAGGACUUUUUGAAAUAAGAUCAAAUGCAUUAAACAAUAUUACAAAAUCGCACUACCACCACGGAAGAUUUAUUGAAACAGAUAGAUUACAAGUUAUCGAUGCCAGUCACAAUGCUAUUAAAGCAGUGAGUGAAACGACGUUCAAAAAUCUAACUAAUCUUAAAUAUGUAGAUUUAUCGUUCAACAGCCUGGAAUCAUUCACAUCAACAACCUUUGACGGCUGUGGAGACCUUAAAACAGUAGACCUUAGUUUUAACAAUAUAAGUAGGGUAUAUAUACAGGCGCAUUCAGUUAGCUCUGUUGUUAAACAUGUUCACAUAAUACUUAGAGGAAAUAUCUUGAAAGCAGUUUCUUCACGCGUACUAGCCACUCAUCUUUUGGACCUAAGCAUGAAUAAUUUGACGAGUAUAAUUUAUAGUAAGUUUGCUUCCGUUACUUUUGUUAAGAUUUUAGAUAUAUCGUACAAUCCACACUUGCAAAUAUCUAUGUCAAUAUUGAGGUAUUUUCAGAAUAUAGUGGAAUUUUAUCUCGAUGGAAACGAUAUUAGUUUCAAAAACCUAACAUUAAUAAAUCAAAUAUUUGAGAUAUCUAACAUGCGUUUUAUUAGUCUGAGUGACACUGAAAUAUGUCGUGACCCAUACACAAUGAUGUUUGUAAGAAUGCUUUUCAUUCAGAAAAAUAAAGUCAAUAUUUCGUGUUUCCGAAGUAAUGACUCAUUAAAAAAUAUAUAUGUUAGAAGAUAUAGCAACCGAAGUUUGAAGGAAAUUGCACCUGUCAGAGAGAUGUUACCAUCUGAAUUAAUUACGUCGGCUACCAAACUCGAAGAAGAUUGCUUGGAGAAUUCUCCAGAAGGUGAUAAAUACUCGACUAUCGACGUACAGUGUCCUUUAGGAUGUGUGUGUCGCGACUUGUGGGGAACUUGGGCAGGGACCAAAUUCGCAAAAGACUGCGUGAACUUGGUGAAUUGUAAAACGGUUCUGUUGUACAUUCCGCCUGUCGUGAACUCUUCCACUACGUGCUUGGACUUAGGUUUUACGAGUUUGCGCAACGUAAGCAGGGAUAACUUCAAACAUUUACACUCUUUGUUAUACCUGAUGUUGCCAGGGAAUGAUUUCAGGUCACUGCCAAGCGACAUAUUCAGUGAUCUUCAUAGUCUAUUGUAUCUCGACCUUAGCUUCAAUUCUCUAACAGUAAUUCAUGAUGAUUUGCUGCUGAACAACACAAAUCUCGAGGAUCUACAACUAUUCAACAAUAAGAUUACUGUAAUAAAUGACCGUGCUUUCAAAUAUACCACAAAACUCAAAAUACUUAAUUUAGCGAAUAACAAAAUCUCAGCAAUUUCUAAAAAUGCUUUUUAUAACCUUCAUAAUUUGGAAGACUUGAAUCUUUACGGUAAUGAAUUAUUGACUCUGGAAGAAAUAAUUUUUACGCAUCCUUCAAGAAUUAUAUCUUUCAAUGUCGAGAAUAAUCUACUUGAAAAGUUUCCAGUCCACUUUUUUGAUAACCUAACACUGCUAGAAAUGGUUAUAAUGACAAAUAUAAGUUUGACAGAGCUGUUUCCAUUUAGUUUUCUUAGCAUGGGAAAUUUAAAAUUUCUGUACUUAAACAAAAACAGAAUCACAGAACUCCCUGAAAACUUGUUUACUGGUCUCAAGAAGUUAGAAUACUUAGAUUUGAGUGAAAAUAUAAUAAUGUGUUUAAACACCGAAUCCUUCAAAAGUGGCUCAUUUAGUAGUCUUAAAUCACUUGUCUACAUUGACAUUGAAAACAAUUUUUUAGAAAGUCUCGAAGAGAAUUUAUUUUUGAAUGCAUCUUCAGUAGAAGUUAUUGAGAUCAGCCAUAACAUUCUUAAACGUAUUGAAGGAGCUUUUAUAAAUGUAACGAACGUUCAUUUGAUAAACAUAACACAUAAUAAAAUAUGCUUUAUUAGUGAAAAUACACUCAGGAAUACAUAUAAUUUGAAGGUAUUAGAUGUUUCCAAUAACAGACUUGUAAUGAUAAAUCAGCGAGCACUUUACGAUUUACAAAAUCUUGUCCAGUUAUACAUUCAUAACAAUUUGCUAGAUAACUUAAAUGAAAAUGUGUUUAGAUACACAAUCAAUCUACGCGUGUUGAAUCUUAGUAACAAUAAACUUAUUAGAUUGCAUGGAAAAUUAUUUUUUAGAUUAUUUGGCCUAGAGAUACUCAAUAUUGGUUAUAACAAAUUGGCCAGUUUAAGUGAAGAAACUUUCCAAUCGCAGACCGGCCUGAAAGUCCUCAUCCUGAAUGGGAAUCCACUCAGGGUGUUGCCUCCUGGCGUAUUCAGAUCCUUGGUCAGUCUAGAACUGCUGGACCUCAGACACGCCUGUCUCACGACUCUCGAUGUCGGGUUGUUCUCGUCCCUCCGACGAUUGUUGGCACUCAUGCUAGGGCACAGCCCGGUGCAGUCUCUGACCACUCAACAUUUCAAGCCAAUGAAGAGCCUUCAAGUGCUGGAUCUCAGUCGAAGAGAGUCUACCCCGUCCAUGGAUUGUAACUGCUCAAGCGAUGACUCCUUCAACUGGAAGAACAUGACUCUUAUAAACCACUGGUUUGACAUGCCAGAUCUGAAGAUACUAAUGUUACCUGGACAUUCUUUGUGCCGAUAUCCGCUAUGGCAAAAUAUUACGAACAAAAUAUUCCUCCAUGUGUCUUUAAAGGAUUACUUGCCGCAGGAGGGCAGCGGGCCCAAGCACGCUAACGACUACGGUAAGUAG